AUGGAUGGUUAUGAAGCUACUAGGACAGUGUUUUCAAGGAUCCAAAAAAUGGACCCUGAAAAUGCAUCUAAAAUCAUGGGUGUACUUCUGAUUCAAGACCAUGGUGAGAAGGAAAUGAUAAGGUUAGCAUUUGGUCCUGAAUCACUUAUUCACUCUCUCAUUUUCAAAGCUAGAAAAGAGUUAGGACUACCUUGUAGUAAUAACUCUCCACCAACACCUUCCACUCCUCUAUCACCAUCACCUUUCCUCUCAAGGCAAAACUCAUCUUCUUCAAGGCUUACUAGUGCUUUCAACCUUCCACCUUCUCUAACCAUCCCAAACCCUUCUUCUUCUUCUUCUUCUUCCUCUUCAGCUUCUUGGGCUACCAUCUCUGACUUUCAUAACCAUGAUGAUUCAAUGAUAAGCCCCAACAAUAUGGCUUUACCCUCUUCUGCUACUUCUUCGCCUUUCUAUCCAAUUGAUGAUUUCCAACUCCAAAACCAACUUUCUUUCUUGAAUGAUGGUUCUGAUUCUAUUACUCUCUUUCCAUCCUAUGGCUGGGGAGGUAACUCUCUUCACAGGAGGAGUUGUUCUGUGAAUGAUGCUUGUUUAGGUUCUGAGGAUCCAAAUUCUGGUUUAGGGUGGAAGCCUUGUCUUUAUUAUGCUAGAGGGUACUGUAAAAAUGGUACUAGUUGUAGGUUCCUCCAUGGUGAACUUGGAGAUGCGGAUGCUGAUGUAAUUGUUGGGUCACCUAACAAAGUUGAGAUGAUGGAUCACUGUCAUGAACUCUUGAGAUCUAAAUCUAGUCAUCCACAAAGAUUGGCUACUGCUGCUGCUUCUCACCUCAUGGCCACUAACUCUUUUCCAUACUCAUCAAAGUGCAUGAAUUUCCUUUUACAGCAGCAACAAAAUGAUACUCAAAGAGCAGCAGCUGCAGCUCUAAUGAUGAGUGAGGAGUUGCACAAAUUUGGAAGGUCUAGGCUUGAAAGAAAUGAUUUUUCUUUGAAUAGUCCUACUGGAAUGAUUAACCCAGCUUCAAGACAAAUCUACUUGACUUUCCCAGCUGAUAGUACUUUCAGAGAGGAAGAUGUUUCCAAUUACUUCAGCAUUUAUGGUCCUGUUCAAGAUGUGAGGAUUCCAUAUCAGCAAAAGCGAAUGUUUGGGUUUGUCACCUUUGUUUAUCCAGGGACAGUAAAGCUCAUUUUAUCUAAAGGAAACCCUCAUUUCGUUUGCGAUGCUCGUGUACUUGUUAAGCCUUACAAGGAGAAGGGAAAAAUCCCAGACAAGAAGCAGAUGCAGCAGCAGCAGGUAGAUAGAGAUUUUUCACCAUGUAGAACUCCUACUGGACUUGAUGCUAGAGACCAAUAUGAUCUUCAACUUGGUGGAAGAAUGUUUUAUAAUACUCAAGACAUGUUGUGGAGGAGGAAGCUAGAGGAACAAGCUGAUCUACAGCAAGCAGCUCUUGAGCUACAAAGUAGAAGGUUAAUGGGUUUGCAACUACUUGAUAUUAAGAAGCAACACCAACGUGCACUUUCUACUGGAAGUCCAAUUCCUUCGCCUACUCAAUCUCCUAACAUGUUCAAUCAAACUCUUGUUCUUCCUUCUUUUCAUAGAAGCUCAGAUUCCUCAGAGGAGAAUGGUUCAAGUUUUGCUCCAGCUAUUACUACUACUACUUCAGAAAUUACUGGUCAACAUUUAGUGAAUGGCUAUGUUGGCAAAGAAACUGUGGUCAAUAGUGAAGGGAAGCAAAGCUCAAGUCAGGAUGAAGAGCUUGAUUUGCAAGAAUGUUUGGAGCAUAACCUUCCUGAUAGCCCUUUUGCUUCACCUACAAAAGCUGCUAGAGUAGACUUAGUGCCUCCUUUCUCUAAUGGACCUUAUGAGGCUAUUGAUUCAGAUCCAUCUGCUAACUCUAAAUUUGGCACAAGUAGUAAAUUACUUUCUACAUCAGCAUCGCCUCUUGAUAAUGUGACCUCUUUUAAAUCCUAUAAUAACUGCCAAUUACCAAGGUUCUCUUCUGGCCAUGGAACUAUUGGAAUGUUUGCCGGCACCGGCGGUCCGAUUGGCAUUUAG